CUCCCCCGGCCAUGGCGGCGGCGCGGCGCUGAAGGAGGCGGGAAUGGCGGGCGGCGGCGCGGCCCCUCCGCGCCUGGCUUUGGCCCUGGCCGCUCUAGCAGCGCUGGUUGCCGUGAAGUACUACCGGGACGCCGAAGUAGGCCGUCAGCAGGAGCUGGCACUGAAGUCUUUGGGAAGCGAGGGGCUGUUUCUCUUUUCUUCUCUGGACACAAACAAGGAUCUGUACCUCAGUCCAGAAGAGUUCAAGCCAAUAGCUGAGAAGCUGACAGGAGUUGCUCCCAUCUCAGAAUUUGAAGAGGAGGACACACUCGAUCCAAGUGGGGAGACACUGUCCCUUGUGGCUAAAUUCCAGCCUUUGGUCAUGGAAACGAUGACGAAGAGCAAAGACGGUUUCUUGGGAAUUUCUCACGUUGCUCUGUCUGGGCUGAGGAAUUGGACUGCCCCAGCAGCCCCUGUGAGUGUGUUGCUUGCCAGACAGUUUAAAGCCUUUCUUCCUCCAAAGAAUAAAGUGGAUCUUGGAGAUCCAUGGUGGAUAAUUCCUAGUGAAUUGAACAUCUUCACUGGGUAUCUUUCCAACAACAGAUUUUACCCUCCGCCUCCCAAGGGCAAAGAGAUCAUAAUCCACAGGCUUUUGAGCAUGUUCCACCCACGCCCCUUUGUCAAGACCCGCUUUGCUCCCCAAGGAGCUGUAGCCUGCAUCCAAGCCAUUAGCACCUUCUACUACACCGUAGCCUUCAGAAUCCACGCUGAGUUCCAGCUGAACGAACCACCAGACUUCCCCUUCUGGUUUUCCCCAGGCCAGUUCACAGGUCACAUCAUCCUCUCCAAGGAUUCUUCCCAUGUCCGAGAGUUUAAGCUCUUUGUCCCUAACAAGAGGUCUCUGAACGUUGAUAUGGAGUGGCUGUAUGGGGCGAGUGAAAGCAGCAACAUGGAAGUGGACAUCGGUUACCUGCCACAGAUGGAGCUGGAAUCAACAGGGCCUUCAGUCCCCUCUGUGAUCCAUGAUGAGAAUGGAAAUGUGAUUGACAGCAGGGAUCCCUCAGGGGAGCCCAUUCAGUUUGUGUUUGAAGAGAUAACCUGGCAGCGGGAAAUCCCCUGGGAAGAGGCUGCCCAGAAGCUGGAAGUGGCCAUGUAUCCAUUUAAGAAGGUCUCCUAUCUUCCCUUCACAGAAGCUUUUGAGAGAGCAAAAGCAGAAAAGAAGCUUGUGCACUCAAUCCUGUUGUGGGGUGCCCUGGAUGACCAGUCUUGCUGAGGUUCAGGGCGAACUCUCCGGGAGACCGUCCUGGAAAGUUCGCCCAUCCUUGCGCUGCUGAACGAGAGCUUCGUUAGCAGCUGGUCUCUAGUGAAGGAGCUGGAGGAGCUGCAGACCAACAGAGAGAAUGAGUUCUACAGCAAGCUGGCUGACCUGCACCUGGAGAAAUACAACUUCCCCGUGGAGAUGAUCAUCUGCCUCCCCAAUGGCACGGUGAUUCACCAUAUCAAUGCCAACUACUUCCUGGACAUUACUUCUAUGAAGCCUGAAGAUGUUGAAAGUAGCAUCUUUAGUUUCUCAACUAAUUUUGAAGACCCUUCAACUGCAACUUACCUCCAGUUCCUGAAGGAAGGACUGCAAAGAGCAAAACCAUUCCUGCAGACCUAAAAAAACAAAGGCACUUGAAUGCCCCACAGAGAUGGCCAAAGACUUCAGAAAUCUAUUUUGAUUACAGCAAUUCUUCCUUACCUUCAUGCUAGACGUUGAUGCAGCCAGUCCCAGACUGGGGUUUGAGGCUAAGUUUAAAGUGAUACCAGUUUAUAUAACCUGCCCUUUGAGUUCAGGCAGUUUUUUACAGGAGUGAAAAUACUUGAAUCCAUGAACAUUCUUGGUGCAUACACCCUCAUGUUUUUCCAGCUCCUCUUCAGACAGUGGUGAAACUCAUGUCACAGCUCUACCAGGCAUCACCCAGAAACCCCUGAUCUCACGGACUGGACUGUGUCGAACCAUGGAGAACAGCUGCUUUGUUACGACUGAACACUUGGUGAGCGCCUGGGCCCUGGGGGCAAAGGUGCACAGUCCAGGGCAGGUGGGAAGCUCCCUCCUGGUAGCCAGUGUCCAACUCUGCUCAUCACCAGCAGCAGCUCUGAGCUCUCAGCUGCCCUGUGGAUGGCAUUUAUUGACAGCAGUGGCCUAACGGGACUGUAGCUGCUCAGGGGUAGACAUGGACGUAGGAGGUUCACCCUGAGCCGAGUGGCCUCUUCCCAGCACCCUGUGUGAUGUGGUGGGAGAGAUGUCUCAUGCAGGUUCUUUGCAUCUGAAAUCAAGAACAGAGACCAGGGCAUUAGAGGUCUGGUGCAGCUCAGAGAUGUCAGGUGAGGCUUUACUCGGGGGAAUUAGGGUCUGGAGCCCCUGUUAGCUCCAGCAGUGCAGUACAUGCAUGGGACACAGGAUACAGGACAUGGUAGUGGGCAAUGCUCCUACCCCAUCCAGCCCAGGGCCACUUCCAGCCUCGGGCUCUGAGAGUUUUAUUAUCCCAGAGUCUCCCUUUUUGCCUACAAGUCAAACUGAACGUUGAACCGUGAUGAAGAUCACAGGAGGUUCAGUGUUGCCCUGAGAUCACUGGUUGAGAACUGAGCAGUUCUAAAAGCCAGCAGUAGUAAAGAAAUUUUCAGGACACUUUUCCAAAGAAAUGGACGGGAUUCAGCUGUGCCUCCCCAAUAACCUGCUUGGACAGAACACCCUUGUCCUUUACGUGUAACUGCCCUGAGCAGUCACUCCUGCUGUGUGAGUGUAAAUUGGAGAAGGAAAGGUUAAGUGAAACAGGUUUUAAAGCAUAUUCUUGUAGAAGGGUGAGGAGGCAAAGCAUCUUCAGUAGAUGGCUGCAAGCAGCCCAGGCUGUUGAUGUUUUUUCUGCUGUCUGAAGCACAAAUUUUUUGGACCAAAUCAGAUGGGGUGAAAAGCCUUAUUUUGGGUUUGUUUGGGUUGUUUGGUUUGGGUUUUUUUUGAAGGGUUGUUGUCAUGCCUGGACUCCAGGGUGUGGGAGGAGCCCUGAAGGUGGUGAUUACCCUGUUCCCACACUGCCCUGGCUCUCCUGUCUGUAUGUGUGGCUUAGACGGACCUCUGGUCUGAUCCACUUCACUAAUUGCUCUAGUGAGGUUACCCCAGGAUGUUUCUCAGUAUUGGCUUUCUAACUAUGCAUUAGCUUUGCACUUUUCUCACACUCCAAGGGGCCUGCAGUAACACAGGUGUGGAUUUGGCAGCAGUUCCAGCUGCAAAAAAGUGCCAAAGCCUCCAGGCAGCGUUCGAGACCAAGCUCCUGUCGCAGCAGUGGUCUCAGGUCUCAUUCCUUCGGGGGACUUAGGCCUCAGACAAGAGCGGCAGAGGAGACCGAGUCCCUCCUUUCCCCCAGCUCCUUGGGAGCACAGCUGUAGUGUAGAUUUGCCCUUCUGGGUUUCAUGUGAGGUAUUUUUGCUGCACUUUUCCUGAGCCGCUCAGCCAGGGGCCUCAGACUCUGAAGCCAUGUCUGUCAGCUGUGUUUAGGUGGAGAGCCCAUUCCGUAUGCUUCCCUUCCCACCAGUUUCGCAGCAGAAGGGGACAGAGAAGGCAGUGGCUAAGCAGGCAGGAAGCGCUUUUGGCCCUGCUGAGGUGGGGAGUUGCAAGGGACAACAUCAGUUGUUUGAUCCUGCAAUAGUACCGGGAUUGUUUGCUGUCUCUUGCAGGCCUGCCCAGAGCCACGCGUGAGCACACUUGGGGUGAAGGGGGUCAGUGAUGGGUGGCAGGAGGAGCACAAACAGCUGCCUCCAGGCUGGAGCAGUCAGGGGGAUCUGGAGGGGAUGGGGGGCAUUCAACUGUGCCUCCCUGAUAACCUGUUAACUGCAAAGCUGCCCAACUGAUGUGUCACUGACAGCCUGGCUGCUGCAGUGGGUGUCUGUGGACAGCAGAUGUUGCCUGUGGCUUUUAUUAAUACGUGCCAAGCUUUUUGUCUCCUCUUUGUAAACUUGCUAAGGGGUUUGGGGGAUUUUUGUAUAGGUUUAGGAUACUUCGGGGGGGAGGAGGUGCUGUUUUUUCCCCCUCUCCUGUGCUUUGUGACGCGCUGGUCUAAAACUCGCAGCGGGCCAGAGCCGAUGUUUGUCAGGAGGGGGCCGGGGAGAAGCAGCCCCGCGCGAUUCGGUGCCGGUUGACGUGACGGGCCCCAGGGCCUCGGCUGUAGCUGCACUUGUUAAAGCCAUCCCACCACC